UAAUAAAUUUGGAGGCAUUUUUUUUUGGGGUGAUAAAAUCGGAGAGAGAGAGAGAGAGUGAGGUGCGUCGACAUCCAGGUGAAUCCAAGUAAUUAAAUUUGCAGGAUUUUAUCUUCUUUAAAUACUUUUUUUGUUGAAAUCUUCCUUUCCAAUUUGCCAAUUUCUCCGUGUGGUUUGAAACUUCGAAAGGGUUUUUUUUUUUCUUCGGGGGAAACACGGAAUUAGGGUUUAGGUCAUUUUGGUUGGGUAAAGAAGAAAGAAGAAAGAAGGAAGGAAGAUGCAGCAGUCUCCGCAAAUGUUUCCGAUGGUUCCUUCCAUUCCUCCUACUAACAACAUCACUACCGAACAGAUCCAAAAGUACCUUGAUGAGAACAAGAAGCUGAUUAUGGCAAUCAUGGAAAAUCAGAAUCUCGGAAAACUUGCAGAAUGUGCCCAGUAUCAAGCUCUUCUCCAGAAGAACUUGAUGUAUCUUGCUGCAAUUGCUGACGCUCAACCCCCACCACCUACACCAGGAGCUCCACCAGCACCAGCUAUGGCUGCCCAGAUGACGACACCGCAUCCUGGGAUGCAACCACCUGGCUACUUCAUGCAACAUCCACAAGCUUCAGGAAUGGGUCAACAAGCAUCACCCGCAGGGAUUUUUCCUCCAAGAGGUCCUUUACAGUUUGGUAGCCCACACCAGCUUCAAGAUCCGCAACAGCAUCAGAUACAUCAACAAGCUAUGCAGGGACACAUGGGGAUUAGACCAAUGGGUAUGAACAACAACGGGAUGCAGCAUGCGAUGCAACAACCAGAAACCAGUCUUGGAGGAAGCGUGGGGCUUAGAGGUGGCAAGCAAGAUGGAGCAGAUGGACAAGGAAAAGAUGAUGGCAAGUGAAAGGAUCCAAAUGAAAGCUUUGUUUUGUUGAUAUUUAGGACUUCUGAGUCUACUCAUAAGGGUUUUGCAAUAGCUUAUUUGAGUUUUUAACAGAAGAUAGACUGUGGAAUAGUUCCGCAAACCGUGUUGUAAUGUAUUGUUAUCUAGUAGUACAAGGUCGGAUUGGUUUAGAAAAACAUCUGUCAUUUAUCUUAUUCUGAAAAUGAAAGCAUUGAACUUUUGUUUCUCUCA